GCUUGCUCGAUUAUUUUCAUGGAGAGGGUUUAACUUUGAAGGUUGAAGCUUUGCAGAGGGGAAAAGAAUAAAUAUUUCUCUACACACAGAAAAACAAAUGGCAGCAGCUUCGAUUUCUCGAACAUCAUUAUUUAUCCGUAAUUUCUGUAAAACAACGAAAACUAUAAACACUGUUUCUCAUUCCUUCUCACUUCCAACUGCAACUUCAUCUUCAAAUUUCCUCUUUCAACAGGCUCGAAUCUCUACUCCUCGAAGGUUAAGAAGAGAAGCAUUGUUCCUGAAUACCUUGCACCCAAUUCACAGCGCGACUGCUUGCCUUGUCUCUAAGCUUCCUACUGAAGUCAGCACAUCUACUGACGACGCAAGUGAUGGGCUUGCAGUGAAUCAUCUUAGUACCACUUCCACUUAGUAGAGCAACUCUUCAAAUAUGGACCCAUCACCGGCAUAAGUUCAGACCCAUCACCGGCAUCUUAUUCGGAAGCAUUUGUUCUUUCUUCUGGGUCCAAUCAGCCAUCAUAUCAAAUCUGUUUUCUAGAGAAAUGUCGUCAUGUAAAAUGCCCACCCAAAUGUAGAGAAACGUCAUCAUAUAAACCCACCCAAAAUGCUUGCAGUGCACAAACUCUCCUCCACGGACCUCUCUGCAUCCCUCAUUUCAAACUAUCUUUACAAUUUGACCUCUGGAUAUACUGUUGUCCCAAUCACUGAGAUUAGGCUAUCUAUCUGAAAUUGAAGGAAGUUUCCUUUAGUUUCCUGUCAAUAAAUCCAGCAAGACAUUUCAGUAUAAACUGUACAGUCAGUAUGCUUUUUUCUUUUCUUUUCUAAUAGACAAUAUACAUGAGAACAUCAAGAGCACAAUCUGCACACUGCUAAACCCAAACUAGUCAUCGCAUACAAGUGGAAGCAUCCCUGUCAGAGAUCGAAGUGAUACUGACAACUAGUGAAUGUUUUGCUUUCUGAAUGUGUUACAAAUGCAUUUACUAGUGUCAGUUGCUAGUCUUUACUGUCAUAAGAGCUUCUGGCCAGAUCUAUGAUGUUAUACGUACCGACUAUAGAUGAAAUUGUCACUCUCAACUGUACUUCUUAUAUUUGUUGAAGAAACCAGUAUGAUAUAAAGUUACUAAGUGAGAGGUGUGCUUUGUUCUUCCAGGGUUUAAAUCCUACAAAUUGUUUGUACUUGAAAUUAUGUGCGCUUUGACACACUCUAACAUUUUUCAGUUAUCUAACGUGGCAAGACUGUGAAGUGCGGACUACAUCUAACACUAGAUGCUAUGUGAUUUUUGUUGUUUUGAUUCACCCGGGACUACUCAAAUGUGUCAUUACAUUGCAUUUUUUUUCUCCCUGACCUCAUUAUCAAGUUAUGCUGUAAGUUUAGAAUGCUUUGUGUUUAAAUUCUUUUCAUUGAUAUCUCAUGGUAAUAUCACGAUACUGAUAGACUCCACCAGUGAGUUUCAUACUGUCGGAUUGCCUAUAAUCAAGAAUUAAGGUUUAUUAUGUACAAGUUUUUUAGCUCGUUCAGCUUUGGAGUAAGGUGGAGCUGGGGGUGAAACUACUGUGUUUUCCCUCAAGCAAAGAGAGUCAGAUAGAUGUUGAAUAAGAGGAUUCCAUGGAGGAGUACCUUGAGGGGUUAUAUUUUAUCGGCUUAAGAGUAGUUUGUUUUUCUUAUGCAACAACAAAUCCUUGUAUCGCAGUCUGUGGGUCAGCAUGCUUAGCAAACGUGCCCCCUAUAUAUGCAGAAGUUCCUUUUUAGUUCUAUCUGUAAAUGCUGCUUGCAGAGACUCUAACAUCAAUAUUUUCUUAUUUGU